GUGCUCCCUCCCGCACAUACAACAAUGGUCCAUACCUCCUCAUCACCCAUACACAAGGCCUCCCUCGUGGACGCCGCCCUCCACUCCCCAGCUCUCCUUGAGCUCCUCGACAUCAAGGUCUCCCGUCCCGUCAUCGAGUACCUCGUUGACACAGUAGUCGACACGGUCGACUAUGCCAUGGGCCGUCCCUCUUCUUCGCGUCGUGGCCGCACCCUCUCGCGCCACUCGGAGCACUCUGCCUUCCACACCUUCGUGAACAACGUCCUCACCCGGGCAGAAGUCACCAUCCCAGUCAUCCUCGUUUCCCUCGUAUACAUCGACAGGGCAAAGCCUCAUCUCCAGAUCGCCCUCGAGGAGUGGGCAUGCGAGCGCGUAUUCCUUGGCGCUAUCAUGGUUGCUAGCAAGUAUCUUAACGAUUCAACUCUCAAGAACAUCCACUGGGCUCUCUGCACGGGUGUCUUCGGCAAGCGCGAUGUGGGCCGCAUCGAGCGCGAGUUCCUCGACGUCCUCGACUUCGAGCUGGGCGUGUCCGAGGCUGACAUCCUCAGCCACCACGACUCCCUCUCCGCUAUUGCCCUCCCAUCCCACACCCACCGUCGCCCCUCUACCGUGCCCCACUCUCACGCCGGCUACUCGACCUCCUCCCACCCCAUCUGCCCGGCACUCGACCCUUCGAGCCCCAAGUCUUCUUCUUCCUCGAGCUCAUCACUUCCUCGGACACCCGAAAACGAGCAUUCGCCAGCAUAUGCUCUACCAAAAACGCUCCAGGACGAGUUGGAACUGACUGCGCCUCCCUCUAAGGCCGCACCACCAACGAAAACCACUUCUCAUUUCUCGGAUCUCCUCCGGUCCUUCCCCCUUCCCGUGCCACGCUCCAACCUGCCCCCUGUACCCUCGUCAUCGUCAUCCAAGGCACACCAACCUCAUUAUUCGCAUUUCUCGUUUAACAACCGACCCAUGACGGCACAGUGUGUUGCCGCAUGAUGAACUCUUUCCCUUUAUUUUAUUUCCUUAUCUCUCUUCGCUUUCCAUGCUACCCUUUGCCGUCGAGACUUAGCUCCGACGAUGUCCUCCACCCGGCAUCCCUGCCUCCGUUUUUAUCUCUGCUUCUAACUUUAUAUUGUGGACAAUCGCUAUAUUUUUACCCCGAUCCCACAAGCACACGCUCUCCGCCGCCGAGGGCCAAUGGCCAGGCAGUCUCUCGAACCAUAUCUUGUCCCGCAGUUACUUAUCAUACAUGGUUAAAGCUGCCAGCCAUAAUUUUGUUCGAUAUCGUUACAAUAUACAUACAUUACCUCGUAACUUUCCUCAUCAUCAUCCCGCUGUAUAGCACUAGCACAACCAGUCAAUCCCAGCUCCACCCU